UACUGUUGGUGGCAUAAUAUAAACCCUAAUUAAGAAACGGGCACUACAAAAUCGAAAUCGAGUAAAAGGUUUCGUCCAUGAAAAGAGCAAUGGGCAGCCUAAUUGGUGGGAAAGUGUGGAAUGGAAUGGGCAGAAUGAAUUUGAAUGGAAAUAGCAGGAGAUCUUACGGUCUAAUUCCGAUGGUGAUAGAACACUCUUCCCGUGGAGAGAGGGCUUACGAUAUAUUCUCAAGACUGCUGAAAGAGCGCAUCAUUUGUAUCAAUGGACCCAUUAACGAUGACACUUCCCAUGUUGUCGUCGCUCAGCUUCUUUUCCUUGAGUCUGAGAACCCCUCAAAGCCUAUUCACAUGUACCUCAACUCUCCCGGUGGCGCUGUUACCGCCGGUCUUGCUAUCUACGAUACUAUGCAGUACAUCCGAUCUCCAAUCAAUACUAUUUGUCUAGGUCAAGCAGCUUCAAUGGGAUCCCUUCUCUUAGCUGCUGGUGCCAAGGGUGAGAGACGCUCUCUCCCUAAUGCUACAAUCAUGAUUCAUCAGCCUUCUGGUGGAUAUAGUGGCCAAGCUAAAGAUAUGACAAUUCACACCAAACAGAUUGUUCGGGUAUGGGAUGCUUUGAACCAACUAUACUCCAAGCAUACGGGACAACCAGUCGAAAUAAUUCAGAAGAACAUGGAUAGAGAUUAUUUCAUGACAGCCCAAGAAGCCAAGGAAUUUGGGAUAAUUGAUGAGGUUAUCGACCAAAGACCAAUCGCUCUGGUAACUGAUGCUAUUGCUAACGAGGCCAAAGAUAAAGGUUCAAGUUAGAAUUUUUGGGAUCAAGAACCUGGGUUGAUAUCUGAGAACUUUCAUGCGAUAUUUCACUUAUGGAGAUUAGCAUGAGAACUUUCUUGAAGUAUUAAUAAGAAUGAUUUUCAGCAAUGUAAAUCAUUGUUUAUUUUUACAUGUAGAAGUGAGGAAGAAUUGUUGUACAAAAUUCCUGAUUUAAGUUUCUCAUAUUGAGCUUAAUGCCAAAGACGUUAUUUGCAGCUGCUCCUGACAAAAUUUGCUUCUACCACUACUAGCCCUAUAUGGCGAUAUGUUAUUUAACACUGCUUUAGAUAAAAGAUCUUUUGUGUGCGCCGGGAAGCUGGUAGGCAUAUUUGUGUGCUAUGUCUGUAAAAUUGAACUUCUUGUGUUUGAAUGUAUUUAUUUGAAUUUUGUUUUUAUUAAU